UGUAGGUGUACGCGUCGCAGAGAAAAUGAAGUACAGAAGUCAGAAGAAAAAUAAGUAAAAGAAGUAGUAAGCAGCAGUCGAGUGGCGUGUGUAUUACGAUCGUUAAAGCGCUUAUACGCUUAGCCGGCUAGGGGUGCGACCAAUUGCUAGACUUUUCGAGUGCUUUUCAUAUUUGCACCAGCUCUACGGGGGUUAGUGAGUGAGGUGGCAGGCAUUAAAUUCAAUCGCUCAACGUUUUCAAUGUGGCAUGCCACAUAUGAGACACCAUGCAGCUGAAUAGUGUUAAUAUUGCCGGUAGUGCCACUCCAGCUGCUGCCAAGCCGCUGCUCAUGCAAAAUAGUGCAGCGCCAAUCUCAAAAGUCUUCAUUGACGACUUAACGGAGCGUAAACGCUUGUGGCGCGUACCGUGGUUCAUUAUCAUAAUGUGUAGUGUGCAGCUGGCACUUUUUUACAUUGCCAAUGACUGCAUCUAUCAGCGCCUCAUGUUUAUACCCGGACAUCCCUACGAUUAUUGGCGUUACUUCACCUACGCUUUGCUACAUUCUGAUUUCAUACACCUGCUGCUGAAUGUGUCGCUACAGUGCAUGAUUGGCUUUUGUCUGGAGAGCGAGCAGGGCCACUGGGAAGUAGGCUUCAUUUAUGCUGCUGGCGGACUUUCAGGAUCGUUGGCUACAGCAUAUUCUCAGCCUGAACUGUCGUUGCUGGGCGCGUCGGCCAGUGUUUAUGCCCUACUAGCGAGUCAUGUGCCACAUCUGAUGAAGAAUUACCGCCAAUUGCCGCAUCGUUACCUGCGCAUUGUGUCGCUGUUCAUUCUGUGCCUCAGCGAUGUUGGGUUUACCGCUUUCCAUUACCUGGUUAAUCACAACAUGAACCCUCGUAUUUGUGUGGAGGCACACAUUGCUGGCGGCCUGACUGGACUUUGUUUUGGUUUUUUACUCUACAGUCCUGUCAAAGGUCAAGGGUAUUGCGCCGACUGUCAUUUGUCAAAUACUUAAAUAAUAUAAACUUUCAUAAACAUAUGUAUGUAUGUGUGUACAUACAUUUUGCUUAUAAUCAUUUUUUAUAACCAUUGCAUCGACAUAUGUGUCCAUGUGUGCGUGUAUUUUUUGUGUAACUGAAUUUGUUUGCUCAUUUCAUUUGGAUCGUUCGCAUAAUGUAAGCCAGCAUUAGUAUUCCGUGCCAAUAAAA